AUGUCUCACUUGCCCAGACCACAAAACCGGGUCUAUGGCCCAGCCACCUUAAGUGAGAAAAGUGAAGAGAAUACCGGUGGCGGAACAGCCUCUCGGACAGAGCAAAUUGACAACCCCCAACCGAGCGAAGGGGACCAGUCUCGUGGAGGACAGUCAAAUAGUCCACUUAAUUACCCGUCGAGAUCGCCUUUUUUCAGAACUUUCUCCAGAUCCUCGAGUGGAUAUUUUUCAUUCGACUACGAUUCUGUUCCAAGUUCUCCACUAAUGACACAUAACAAGUCUACCCAGACACCGAGUCCAACUUGCCAAGUUAUCACUCAUGCAUUGCAACGUAUGUCCCAAGUGCAAGACAGCGGUCAAAACCAUGAUGUAUGGGCUGCUGUCCCUAGCCGCUACAGAGCACACACACCGCCACCUGUGGGGGACAUGCAACCAGAGGUGUGUGUAGGACGGGAGUUACGGCGCAUUGGCGAUGAAUUCAAUCACCUUUACCUACAAGGGGCUCGCGCAGGCAGGAAUGGAGAAGCCGCUCCGGCAGGCCUGCAGCAGGGCCAAAAUGAGCCCGCCCUCUUGCUGUGGGUGGGUCUCUUGAUUGGACGACUAUUACAGAUCAUCUUAAGAAGAAGAUGA